AUGAGUAAAACUCCCCAAGAGUUUAUUCAAAAUUCGUUUUCACCACUUGUAGCAACAUUGUGCUCCUCUAAAGUAGAAAAUAUAGUGUCCAAAAGUAACCUGAGUUUGCCUGAAUUAUUACAACCGUUUGCGGCAUUUAACUGGGAAGGUCAAUUUCGAGAGCCAGGAGGCACUGUGUGUACAGUAAAAAACUGGAAAUUAGUUUUAAGAGAUGUAAAUUGGAAACCAGUUCAACCCACUGAAGCUAGAAGACAACUGAAUAAUGCUGUAUUAUAUAAUUAUAAUGAAAAAACAGUAACCAAAAAUAUUGAGGGUCACAAGUUUGAAGUACCACAGGAAACACCAUGGUUUGAUGCUUGGAGAGAAACUUACUUCCAAGUUCAGUUUCCAUCAGAUCAUGAGUUUACAAAACACUUUUUGUCCUGUAUAAUUGUGGCAACCACAUUGGAUGAUGAUAUUGUGGAUACAUUCAACAGUUUGAAUCAACAAUAUGCUCAACUUCAAAAUGUUACCCCACCAAAGCUUCCUAAAUGGUUUAAUAAUUCUGUAUUGAAGUCUUAUUUACUUCUGCAUGAUGGUUCCUUGGCCUCAAAAGAAAAAGCAGAUGCAGCCCUGGAGGCUAUGAAGCAGACAUUUGGAGCGUCCAACUGCUUUAUGUUAACAAUAAAUUCAAGGCAGCCAACCGAUGCCAAAUUACCUGUGGACUAUUGGGAGAGUUGUAUGAAAAAACCUCAAGAACCAUCUAGUCAAUUGAGUGUGUUAUCUUCAUCAAGCACAAACCUAUUCUAUCCAGCCCAGGAAGUGUCAACCACAGUCGCAUCAGAGAAUACAUUAACACCAGAUGAAAAACCAAUUACAGUGACGGCUAGCCAAGAAGGUAAUCAUCCGUUAACUACUAGUGAAAAUGAUGUUUACGAUCAGGCUAACAGUCUCCAGACUCAUUCGUUUUCGGAUAGUUCAGAGAGCAUGAAUGUAAUCGGGAGACCUUUAGAUAAUGCAGAACAUGGAACGGCGCUUAACUCUAAUGAUGUUGAGGCGAUAAACAAGUUCCUACAAGACUAUGCGUCCAAGGCAUUACUGCCGCAUAUAGAGAAACAAAUUGCACAGCUAACUGAAGUGGUGGCAAACAAAAAGGGUGUGAGCAGAUCAUUGCUGUCAGCGACCAAAAGAUGGUUUACAACAGGAAAGUCUGGUACAACUACUGUGAACAAUACCGUUGUAUAUUCAAGUGAAUGUCCAGAGCUGCAAUUGCGCCGUUUGGGAGACCUGUGGUUCCUCUGCGGACAGUGGCAGCGCGCCUUCGACGCGUACCACACCGCCAAGAGGGAGUUUUACGCGGACAGCGCGUGGCUCUGCUACGCGGGUGCGCUGGAGAUGGCGGCCGUCAGCGCGUUCAUGGCGGGCGAGGCGAGCCGGAAGACCCACGCCUACAUGGAGGAGAGUAUCAAUACCUAUCUCAACACGUGCAGAAUGGUUCAAUAUGCAGUCCGCGCUACCUUGCUAUCGAUACCUUGUCUUAUACAUUGCGGACUGCACGGAGAGGCCGCGAAGCAGUUGAUACGAAUGACAUCCGAAGACAGUGACCUCAGGAGUGCCAUGCUCUUGGAACAAGCGGCGCUCAGCUUCCUAUUGGGUCCUAGUAACAGCAUAAUGAGCAGAAAAUACGCCUUUCACAUGGUCCUCGCCGGUCAUAGGUUCUCGAAGGCCGGGCAGAAGAAGCAUGCCUAUCGUUGUUAUAGACAGGCUUAUCAGGUGUACGAGCACAGCGGUUGGCGUCUGUCCACAGACCACGUGCAGUUCGCACUUGGGCGUCUGGCGGGUGCUCUGAAAAUGUCGCGCGAAGCGGCGCAGUGGCUCGCUUCUCCGCUGGCACCUUCGGGACAUCAACUCGCGCCGCAGCAGGACGCCUUCCUCAGGGAAUUUAUGCUCGCACAUCAGCAAUGGACAGAGAGUUCCGAGGAAUUCAAAGACCGUCUGCCGAGCUUACCUGUUCCGUUAUUGGUGAGCGAGGAAACGGAGGUAUUGUGCGUUGGACCUGCUCCCUUAUCUUCGCCAGGUCGCACGCCAGCCACCUCCGUAUCGUUUAAUAAUUUAUCGCAAGAAGCAGACACACUGUACUGGAAUAAACUUGAGGAAACACUCUUGCAAGUGGCUCAAGGCAACGUUCCGAUGAUUUUCAAACCUUCGUCCGACUUGUAUACACAUAAAAAUGACAGUAACCCAGUGGUUCCAAAAGGGGAGCCUAUACACGUUGCAAUUACUCUAAAGAAUCCAUUGAAGGUGACCUACUUACUGAAAGACCUCGAACUGCUUUGGCAUUUCACUCCAAAUACGGAUGGAAGGACAGAAGUCCAGGAUGAGGUGUAUGAAAAUGAAUGUAAUGUCGCUGCAGGCCACGUGCUAGAGAGCAGCGUGGUCCACGGCCAAAAGAUCAGAUCCUUACUUUUAGAAGGCGAAUGUCAGAAGAUGGUAAAUUUCAUUAUAACACCCUUGAGAGAUGGAAAAUUGGACUUACACGGUCUCGCUUACAGGUUAGUCAACACAACCGACGACAGGCAGACUGAUAAAAGUGUGACGGUUUUGGGGAAGUUGAAUCUGCAGGGACCACACAAUGCACCUAACCUGAAGCGUUUGCGUAUCGUAGUUAUCAACGAAGCCCCGUGUUUGCAGAUGACAUUCACAGAGACAAACAACGAAGUAAUAAGUGGGGAAUUAAUAACAUUGGACAUUGACUAUCGAAAUGUGGGUCCGGCCACAAUGGGCAAUUUCCACAUCGCGGUGUCUCACCCGGAAUGCAUGCAGAUAGUCGGUUCUGACAACAGUGAGGAUAGCUUUAGGUAUUUGUAUGAAGACAAGUAUAGAGAACAGCCAGAAUAUUCAGACGAGCGAAGUGCGCGCUUGCACUUGCGUUCCCAAGCGGCAUCGAGGCGCGUGAGUCGCGUAUGCGAGGCAGCAUCUGCCGGGACCGGUGGAAACGCGACGCUGCUUCUGCAGCCGCAGUCCUCUGCGCCUACCUUGUACUUGCUGGCCUACUACGAGACGGGCCUCAAGGCACGCCCCUAUCGCCUCUUGAGACACGUGUUUCGGUUUACCACUAAGGAUGUUGUCGAGAUUUUAAUAAACCCUCGUAGGUGCUUGGAAACAGCCGAUGGAAACGUUUUGGAAAACACGCGUCUUGCUGUCGAAGUUAAAAAUAUAUGUAAUCAGAAAGAGGACCACAACCUAGCUCUGGAGGUGUUGGAAGUGUCCUUGCUCAGCAGACAGUGGAAGUUAACUGAUUCCACGACGGCGCUAGAAGCCAACAAUUCUUUAAUUGCCCGUGAACGAUUACAUCUUAUAUUGAAAGCUGUGAGAAUAUUUGAAGAACAGCCUGAGGGCCACGUCGAACAUUCGUGCCUAAAAAUGGCCAAGGGAGUUCCGGAGAGUGCCAAGUCCUUAACUAAACCGCCGUUUUCGAGAUUCGUUCUGGACUAUGUGCCUUCUCUCUUAGACAAUUACGAAAGUCCACAUCAACGUGACGUUCGCACCGGAUUGAUUCGAUCCAUGUUUAUAUUGCGAUGGAAAACCCACAAUAUGGAAAGUGGAAAGACGACGAUCGGCCAACAUUGUCUCUGGUUAGACUGUUUCACGAGAACUAUUUCCCGAAACAGAGAAAAAGUACCUGACCUUAACAUGCCCAUUGAUGAUUUCGACAGCAAGUUAGACUUAUUGACCGAUGUUAAGGAGAAGCCUGAAACGUCCAAUGUUGUUAUUCUAAGAUUGGAGCAUUCGAAUUAUGUGGAUCACAACUUUAAAAAGAGGAAACUCUGCGUUGUACCGAUAACAAUUAACAUCGUUAACUGUUACGGCGACACCGUCCAGGUUUUCAUCGAUAUGUUUAAACAGCAAAACAGGGAAUCUACCGGUAACCUCGGUUGGACCGGAGCGUUGAACAACGGGCUUUCAGCUGAUUCCAAGGAGUUGGGUUUGAAUGUAACGCUAGAAAAAUUCGAAUCACGCAAAGUUCAGGUUAAAGCUCUUUGCGCCAGCGCAGGCACAUACACCGUUGGCGCCGCCUUCUCUAUAACAACUAAUGUAGAUUCUGAUAAAGUGGGUAACACUAAGCUAAUAAACAACACAUCGUUAUUAGUGGUCAAGCAGGAUUACUGCAGGAAUGUGUUAGUAUCAUUACUCAAGACAUAUGCGAUUUCCGGUAAGAGCAUCGUCGAUAAAACCUUAGGUUGGCAAAGGUCUCAUACAAUGGCAGUACCUAGUAGAGCUCGGGUAUAUGCCGAUGUUAACUCACAAAAGCCUAGAGAAUACUGGGAUUAUGAGAGCUAUGUGGUAGACUGGGGCAACCAGGAGGACUAUCAGUUGGUUCGAAAACUUGGGCGUGGAAAGUACAGUGAAGUAUUCGAAGCAAUAAAUAUCACAAAUAAUGAAAAAUGUGUAGUUAAAAUAUUGAAGCCUGUUAAAAAGAAGAAAAUAAGAAGAGAAAUAAAAAUCCUAGAAAAUUUAAGAGGAGGCACAAAUAUAAUAUCAUUUAAAGCUGUUGUAAAGGAUCCUGUAUCCCGUACUCCGGCACUCAUUUUUGAACAUGUUAACAAUACUGAUUUUAAGCAACUUUAUUCAACCCUGUCAGAUCAAGACAUAAGAUAUUAUCUGUAUGAACUUCUGAAAGCUUUAGACUUUUGCCACAGUAUGGGCAUCAUGCACCGAGAUGUGAAGCCUCAUAAUGUGAUGAUUGAUCAUGAUAAUAGAAAGCUACGCUUGAUUGAUUGGGGUUUGGCAGAAUUUUAUCAUCCUGGUCAGGAGUACAAUGUUCGCGUUGCCUCAAGGUACUUUAAGGGACCUGAACUCUUGGUUGAUUAUCAAAUGUAUGACUAUUCAUUAGACAUGUGGUCACUAGGAUGUAUGUUGGCAUCUAUGAUCUUCCGUAAAGAGCCCUUCUUCCAUGGUCAUGAUAAUUAUGACCAGCUUGUACGUAUUGUUAAAGUGCUGGGCACAGAAGAACUAUUUGAAUACUUGGAUAAGUAUCACAUAGAAUUAGAUCCACGGUACAAUGAUUUACUUGGAAGACACUCACGCAAAAGAUGGGACCGCUUUGUACAUUCAGAAAAUCAACAUUUGGUAUCUCCCGAAGCUUUAGACUUUCUUGAUCGUCUUUUGCGCUACGAUCAUUACGAGCGUUACACAGCACGCGAAGCUAUGGAUCACCCAUACUUUUAUCCAAUUGUAAAGGUGCAGGAAAGAAUGGCGUCUUCUAAUUCACCAACUACGAAUGCAUUGCAAGGUGCAAAAAAUACAACAGAAUAA